AUGGCCCCGGAUGUCGGCAUUUCGUCCCCUCACUUUGGUGGGAAAACAUCGCCGCGAGAAGGCAGAUCGGUCGCAGCUGAGUCCAUGACCUCUGAUGACACGCCGAAGAAUGCCGAUAACGGACCGGCUGAAAAUGAGGGACACAGAGAACGAGACAGAAUGCACCGACGGUCGGAAGAGAAUGGGCUAUCGGAUGACAGUGCACAGGACACAUCUGACGAUAAGGGCAAGGAUGCCGGAGUUCAUCUAAAACGUCGCGUCAAACAACCUCCAGAUCAUUCCGGUGCGGCAGACAACGUGGAUUUCGCUGACGUAGCGUCAGUGACAGAGCCACAGAAAUCAAGUGCUACUGGCGACCGCGGGUCGAUUAUCAUUCAGCCUGCUGGCUUGCUUGCAGCCACGGCUUCGUUGAUGCCUAGUCAGUCACAUGCUAAAAGUGUUCUAUCUCGUUCAAACGAAAUGGUAAAUGAAGGCGAGCCCAAUCAAGUUCGAGCAAAUCCUGAGCAACUGAAUCAAAAGAAUGAUUCCGAGGAUAAACAACCGGUGUCAUCUGCAAAUUCAAGCUCACAGUCCAAACGAUCUAGCUUGGUCAUGUCCAGAACAGUAGGAGCAUCGGGACAAAACUCAGCAGACAAGCGACGAUCUCUACUUUUCGAACCGGUUAUAAAUGAGCCGGACCCCAGUAAGGAGGUUUGCAACAUUGAAGUGAAAAUUGCUGAUCUGGGAAAUGCCUGUUGGAUCUACCAACAUUUUACGGAGGAUAUACAGACUCGACAAUAUCGUGCGCUCGAAGUACUCAUUGGAUCAGGCUACGGACCUCCAGCUGAUAUUUGGAGUACUGCUUGUAUGGCCUUCGAGCUUGCCACCGGUGAUUAUUUGUUUGAACCACAUUCUGGUGAGGACUACACCAGAGAUGAGGAUCAUCUGGCGCACAUCAUUGAGUUGCUUGGACCCAUUCCCCGUAACAUUGCUCUUUCGGGAAAGUACUCCAGAGAUUAUUUUGAUAAACGGGCCUGCUUACGGCAUAUUAGGCGCUUGAAGCCCUGGAGCCUGUUUGAUGUGCUUACGGAAAAAUAUGACUGGCCCCCGAACGAGGCUGCACAGUUCACCAGUUUCAUUGCUCCAAUGUUAGCCUACGAUCCUAAUGAACGGGCGACCGCUUGGGAUUGCUUGCAGCAUCCUUGGAUUACAGGCCAACCUUUCUCACCCAUUCUUCAAGAAACUCUUCCAGGUCGCAUUCCAUUUGGAGUUCCGCCCCCCGAUGGCUUGAUGGGUGAUGUUUUGUCCAACCCGGCGGUGUAUUAUCCAACACGAAGUGCUAUACCGGCGGCUUUCGAUCCCUCAUAUUGUAACGCUGCGCCAUUCAAUCCAGGUCAUCCCAUGGGCCCCGAACGUGGUUUGAAUUACCUUCCCCCCGAAGUUGCAUUCCCCACGGGCAGGGCACCUGGAGAGUAUGGUCAUCCAAUGCCCCACGAAAUCGGUUUGCCACCGGAUUCGAACCAACCACUGAUGGCUAUGCCGGAGGCAACUAGUUCUAUGGGACCGCAUUUUGUGUCGUGGCCUAUGAAGGGCAACCGAAAGCGACCGGAUGACGGUGACGCUUUUGAAGGGACCGACGGUGUUGCUGGUCCUGGUAACUUUCACAACAUACCGGACAUGAGUCCCGUUCCUACCGAUGAGGACUAUGAGGACGAAGACGACGAAGACGAUGACGAAACGAAGGGUGAUGAAGAAGAAUAUGAUGAUGAGGAGGAUGAAAGCGGUGGAGAGGAGGAUCGAUAUAAUCGGCACUAUUACGGCCAUGCUGCACACGCACCUAGUGGUUCGAGUGGUGCACCUUACCCGUACAUGUAUCACGCACCCGGUACUAAUCCAGAAGCAUCAAUGCAUUCGCGUAUCCCCGAUCCGGUGGCUAUGGCUAUGGCUUACGGUUUGUCCCCUAGUCGUGUCGCUAUCAUGGCGUAUGCAGCGGAAGCUCUUGGUCCGGAUACUGUAUGGGCUGGUCUAGCAGCCUCUCGUAAGCGACAACAAGAACGGCUGCUACAACAACAAAAGGAGCAGCAAGACAAACAAGCCAUGGAACAACAACAAACACAGAAGUCAACCGAAACUGGUGACCCAAGUGGUACAGAGGACAGGACUCUAUCAUCCACGUCUUCCACAAUGAACACAGCUGAAAGCACGGCGCCUGAACCGGACUCGAGGAAUAAGUUGGACUCAGAUAUCUCCACACGGCUCUAUCAAGUUGAAAGUUUAAAUGGAGGCAGCAAUGGAAAUGACAGUUCAACAUAUCUCUCUACAACACCCGGUGAUCCUGCCACUGCUGUUCCUAAUCCUCUGGUCGAAGUGAAACAACAGUCUGUUUGUGACAAUUCACACGAAUCGUGUAAUGUUGAUUCACGAGAAACCGUGACGGAGGCGUAG